AUGCCUUAUCUUUUUUUUUUGCCUUGUCUUGUCUUCCAUGCGUUCCGCGCACGUGUGCCUGCGUGGGGAGAGAGAGAGAGAGAGAGAAAAGGUAGGUGUUGCUGGCUAUCUAGGCACCUUCCCAAUGCAGUCAAGUUUCGCUUGCGUGUGUGUGUGGAAAGGCGCUUGGUGAACAUGAGUUCGUUUGGGCUGGAUCAGGGGCGGUGCGCUGUCGCAGGGGUUUUGUAA